AUGACCAAACACGACCCAGAAUCCGCUCAAAGCGGAUCAACCGCCGCAGAAGCCCGCCUCGCCGAACUCGGCUACAAACAAGAACUCCCCCGCUCCCUCUCCUACUUCUCCAUCCUCGGCCUCUCCUUCGCAAUCAUGGCCGUCCCAUUCGGGCUGAGCACGACCCUCUCCAUCGGCCUCACCGACGGUGGGCCCGUGACGAUUUUGUGGGGGUGGGUGUUGGUUACACUGAUUUCCAUCGCAAUCGCUGCGAGUUUAGCGGAGAUUUGUUCGACGUAUCCGACGAGUGGGGGGGUGUAUUAUUGGAGUGCGAUGUUGAGUACGCCCAAGUAUGCGCCCAUUGCGAGUUGGGUUACGGGGUGGCUGGGAUUGGUUGGGAAUUGGCUCAUUACGACGAGUAUCUGCUUCUCGGGGGGACAGCUAAUCCUGAGCGCGAUCUCGUUAUGGGAUGAGGAGUAUGUGCCGAAGCCGUGGCAGAUUGUGUUGAUGUAUUGGGCGGUGCUGCUCGUCGCUUUAGCCGUAAAUAUCUGGGGUGCGAAGUACUUGGAUCAGCUCAAUACUGCUUGUGUAUACUGGACGGGGGCGUCAGUUAUCAUUCUACUCAUCACGCUUCUCGUGAUGGCACCGAAUCGUCGAUCUGCCUCCUUCGUAUUCGGGCACUAUGACGCGAGUCCAUCGGGCUGGGCACCAGGAUGGGCAUUUUUCGUCGGCUUGUUACAAGCGGCGUAUACAUUGACAGGCUACGGCAUGGUCGCAGCAAUGUGCGAGGAAGUACAAAACCCAGAACGCGAGGUCCCACGAGCGAUGGUCAUGUCCGUCGUUGCGGCGGGCGUGACGGGGUUGUUUUACCUCAUUCCCAUACUGUUCGUUCUUCCGGAUAUUCAGGAGUUGUUGAGUGUUGCGACUGGACAACCUGCGCCGUUGCUGUUUAAGCUCGUUACGGGGAGCGCUGGAGGUGGGUUCGGGUUGUUGUUCCUCAUCCUUGGGAUUCUGUUUUUCGCUGGUGUCGGGGCACUUACCGCGUCCUCUCGCUGUGCGUGGGCGUUUGCCCGUGACGGUGCCAUCCCCGGUUGGAAAUGGUGGGCGAAAGCGAACAAGCGGUAUGAUAUCCCACUCAACGCGCUCUUCCUCUCUACCGUCUUUUGUGGGCUAUUAGGGUUGAUCUACCUCGGUUCGAGCGCGGCGUUUAAUGCGUUCACGGGUGUCGGGACGAUUUGUCUCUCCGCCUCGUACGCAUUCCCAAUCUUCGUCUCCCUCCUCCGCGGUCGACAGGCCGUCCGCAACGCGUCCUUCUCUCUCGGCAACACGAUGGGCACGAUCCUCAACGUCAUAACCUGCGUCUGGAUCCUCCUCGCCAUCGUACUCUUCACCAUGCCGACCGCGAUUCCGGUCACAAAGACGAGUAUGAACUAUGCGAGUGUGUUGUUUGCAUUCUUUGGGGUGGUGAGUGCGGGGUGGUAUGCGGUUUGGGGAAGGAAGUAUUAUGUCGGGCCGAGGAGUCAUUUGGAGGGGGAGGCGGUGGGGAGUCUGGGGGUUGGGAGGGUUGAGAAGGGGGCGGAGGUGAGGGAGUUGGAUUUGAGGGGGAAGAAGGAGGAGAGGAUGGGAGCGGGGAUGAUAGACGAGAAGAAUGUUCCUUCAACAUCUUUCUCCGACUUUGGUGGAUCGUAUCUGUACUGCAACUCACCGUCUGAGGUCAGGGACAGGUCUGGACGGGCGAACAAGCUCAUCGAACUACUCCCCCGCCAUGGCGUCCACGACCGACACCCUCAAUUAGUGUUUGUAACAGAAAUGCACCUCGGUCGAUCUUUGAGUCACCUCCUUCGUCUAUAA